CUCCAUAUAGUUUUGCAAGGCGCAAUAAACUCAGAACCAGAAGAAGAAGCAGCAUCUCCAAACCAAACAGUAGGUGGCGGUAAUGUUCCAUAUAGUUUUGCAAGGCGGCAAUAAACUCAGAAGCAGAAGAAGAAGCAGCAUCUCCAAACCAAAACGUACGUGGCGGUAAUGCUCCAUAUAGUUUUGCAAGGCGGCAAUAAACUCAGAAGCAGAAGAAGAAGCAGCAUCUCCAAACCAAACAGUAGGUGGCGGUAAUGCUCCAUAUCGUUUUGCAAUUCGCAAAUAAACUCAAAAGUAGAAGAAGAAGAACAAGAACAAGAAAAAGAAGAAGAAGAAGAAGUAUCUCUAAACCAAACCGUAGGUGCCGGUAAUGCUCCAUAUCGUUUUGCAAGGCGCCAAUAAACUCAGAAGAAGAAGAAGAAGAAGAAGAAGGCAUCAUGGCUUGCAAACCAUGGACUUGCAAACGUGCGAAGCAUAGCAGUUGCUCAGUGUUUGGAUGCACAAAUGAACACAAAACUCUAUUUUUAGUUCCUUCAUCCGAGCCUCUGAAGAACCAGUGGGUUAAUUUUAUUGUCCCUGGAAAUGCACCAGUCUGCGCCAAACAUUUCUCUGACGACUGCUUCCUCAACUUGGGCCAAUACAGAGCUGGACUUGCUCAAUGUCUGAAGAUCAAGUCUGGAUCAGUACCAACUCUCCACGGCUCAGCUACAAACCUCGAAAAAGCCAGCUCAUCAAGGGCUUACAUUCAGCAGCUUCUCUCAAGGGAUGUUGCCUGCCAGACAGACCACCUGGAAACACAUACUGUAGGCACACAGCUAUCCUUAAACACUUUGCAGCCCCAUUUUAAAAGUGAAGACUGCGAUGCCUUUGGAGACCGUAGCACUCAGCGCAACGCCACCUCGGAGAGUCUGGGUGUGGACACCCCUGGCUCCUCCCACAUGUCCAGUCACAGCGGGGAGCUGAAGAUUCUGAGCGUCUACGGAAAAGGGGAGGGCCCUCUGGCGAUGGACGGCCAUGACACCCUCUUCAUGGCGUCAGAAGUUGAGGACCUGAACUCGCUGUCUGCAGACCACAGCGUGGCCAAGAGCCUGGAGCGCGGCAAGCGGCUGGUCCGCCGCAAGGAGCUGAGGGUAAAGGUUGGAAAUCAUCUUCCUAUUCACCAUCCAAAAGAGAGGCUUCCUCUGUUACAAGUCCAGCACACACCCUUAGAUUAUAACACCUUUAUGAUUCAAUGUGUCUCACUCUCAAGUAGGGAUUCAUUUUUCUGUGCAAAUGAAAGAAUAUGUCUUGUGUGUGUUUCCUUCUUUAUGUGGAAAGCAGCAGACCCCAGACACCAUUUCAAUCAAGGUUGAAGAGGAUAUUGGUGGAGGCUUGCCCGCUGUAGGUCAGUAAUACACAUUGCAUCUAUGUAAGCAAACAACCUGGAUCAGCUGAGAAUGUACUCGAUUCUAUCUGCGCUAAAAAGCCUGGUCCUCUUUGGAAAAGCAUCAUGACCAGAGCCCUGCUUAAACACGAGGACUACUUAUGCAUUUUAUAGUAGAAUGAUUUACAACUUCUUCAUGGCGGACAGGUGCAGGAAUGCUGAAUCAGAGUAUUGAUAAAACAGGUGAUUGGAAACAACAGAUGUCAUGGGUGUCUUAAUGACCUCCUCCGUAUCCUUAAAGGGCGGAGAUAUAGCGGUGCCUUCUCAGCUUGAGCCUUUGACCCCCCCACCCCCCCUCCCUCCGGAGGGGAAUAGGGAAAAUGUAUAGUCAACAAAUAGUCAAAAUGUAAUUCUUCCAA